GAGGGGUACUCCUGGUAAAAUUUGGUAGGGGUGUGCGGCUCGGUUUCCAACACCCUUACCCUGUUGAUGACCAAAAUCUGCGAUUUUCAAUACCCUAUUUAUGACCUGAUCCUAAAUCAAUACCCUGUUUCAGAACUUCCUUAUACUUAGUUCCCUAGUUCAGACCGACGUUAAAGGCAUCGUGAAGGGCUUUUUUGUUGAUCGGUCUUAUCGAUAAUGACUGAUAAUGAUGAAGAAUUAGCUUCUUCUAAAAUAAACUUACUCAAUCAAGACUAGAAUGCAAAAAUUGUUACCCUAUUUAUGACCAACACGGCUGAAAAACCCUAUCCUUUGGGGCCGCACAUACCUAUAUAGCCCAUAUAAGGGAGUACCCCCGGGUGGGGAUAUUUUGUAAUGAUGCCUUAUAGGCCACCUUGAGUUGUAAUAAAGCAUGAGUUAAAUAGGCCUACUUGACUACCCCCACCUUCCCCGGCCGCACUACUCUUACGAGGUAUAGAACGGGCUUACAAGCCAUAAAUGGCUAGCUACGCCCCUGUCACUCCAUCUGAAGAUAUCCAGGUCGCUUUAUGAACCCUCUUAUGCGGAAAGAGAGUUCCACCAAUACUUAGACCAUUUAAUGGGAGAAAUAGUCCUCUGUAAUUACAGUAUUACACUUUUCAAGCCUUUUUUUAAUGCUCUGAUUUUGUUUAGUUAGUAAUGUUGCUUUCGAUAGCAUGCAAACUCUGCUCAAAUGAUGGUAGUGCAGUUUUUUGCUGUUGAACCUCUCAGGAAACAAAUGUUGACUUCAACAGCUUCAAAGGGCGAGAAUGAAGCGAAGCCCGCGGAUGAAGUUGUUCUCUCCGAAACUCAGAACCUGGAUAGGACAAUGGAAUGUGCGAACCCUAUACGAGUCUGGAAAGUUGGCGCAACUGGCCGCAGAAAUAAGGCGUUAUAGGUUGGAAAUCUUGGGAGUCAGCGAAGCUAGAUGGAAUCAAUUUGGGGAAACCGAGCUGGCAAAGGGAGAGCUUUUCAUAUACUCAGGGAACGAGAGCAAGUAUGACGUCCAUGAGAGAGGGGUCGGCAUCAUGUUAUCAGGGCUGCGAAGAAAUGCCUGAUGGAAUGGGAACCAAUAGAUGAUCGCAUUAUUGCAGCCAGAAUUAACGCCAAAAUCCAAAAGAUCACCAUCAUACAGUGCUAUGCUCCCACGAACAACGCUGAGCCAUAUGAGAAAGAGGAAUUUUAUAACAAACUGCAGGCGGUGGUCAACAACGCUCCGAAUAGAGAUAUCCUCAUCGUGAUGGGUGACUUUAAUGCCACGGUCGGACGGAAUAAUGCUAGCAUUGAGAGGAUCAUUGGAAAGGAAGGACUCGGAGAUGUGAAUGAAUAUGGCGAAGAGUUGGUGGAUUUGUGUGAAUUAAAUCGUCAAAGUAUUAGUGGAACUCUCUUUCUGCAUAAGAGGGUUCAUAAAGCGACCUGGAUAUCUCCAGAUGGAGUGACUGAAAACCAAAUCGAUCAUAUUCUUAUAAGCCAGCGAUGGAGAACAUCACUGCAUGUGCGUGUGAAGAAAGGAGCCAAUAUUGGGUCUGACCAUCACCUUGUUGUGGCUUCUCUGAAGAUCAAGCUGGCUGCAAGAAAGCCGUUCAUAAGUACAAGAAGGACUUUUGAUGUCAUGAAAUUGAGAGACCCUGACACAAAACAGGCCUUUAAAAUUGAGUCGCAAAACCGGUUUGAAUCCCUAUUCCUUCAACAACAACAACAACAACAGGAUGGAGGUGAGCAGGCCCAAGAUAUUGAUAUCAACGUACAGUGGGAGAAAGCCAAGAAGAUACUUGUUGACACAUGUGGGAGUGUUCUCGGACGUAUGAAAAGGACCCGGAAGGAGUGGCUGUCUGACGAGACAUACAGGAAGAUUGAAGAAAGACGGAAGGCCAACCAGAUAAUGAAUGACGUUCGAAGGAGACAAUGGAAACGUGAAGCAAAUAGAUACUACAACGAGAAGAAUAGAGAGGUUAAGAAAUCUUGCCGAAGAGACAAAAGGAACCUACUUGAGAGCAUUGCACGAGAGGCAGAAGACGCGGCUACGAAUAAUGAUCUGAGAACCCUAUGUAUGACAACACGGAAACUUAGCGGGAUAAGAUGCAAUCAGAAUCGCCCAAUUAGAAGUGAAGAUGAAACUCUCUUGACGAAAAUGGAAGACCAGCUUCAGCGAUGGAAGAGGCAUUUUGAAUCCGUAUUGAACAGACCAGCCCCAAGCCAAAUACCAGAUCCCCGACUUGUAUAG